AUACUGGAUGCCAACCGCUGUUAAACCUCAUCGAAGAAGACACUGCUUCACACACGCCAUAACGGAUUGACAUAGGAAGGAUAUCCCUUGCUAAUUCUGUGGAGGGAAAACAAAGCAGAUGUUACUAGCACUGCGUCUGAAACUCAUGAAAAAAAUUGAUGAGUGUGCCGCCCAAGUAUUAAGAUUAAAAAGGAGAUAAACGAGCGGCUAAAUGGCGGGUACUUGGUGGAACAGUGCCGCUUUUACUCACGUCCUUGUGGCUCUUUUCGGUAUGGGUUCCUGGAUUUCCGUCAACUGUCUCUGGGUUGAGCUACCCGUGGUUGUCAGAAUUCUGCCUGAAGAGUGGAACCUGCCGGUCUAUCUGUCAGUACUGAUAGCCUUUGGGAAUAUAGGUCCGAUUGCUGUGACCAUAACGCAUCACUGUGCCCCAGGACAGUUAAACGAGCGCCUGGUCAUCCACAGUAUCCAGGUUCUAGCAGUGGUGGCAUCAAUCUUCCUAGCCAUCUUUUGGUCACAGGUGGCCACUGUGGCAGGGGAAGUGAGAUCCGUACCAUAUCUGCUGCUCACGUUCGUUUUGGCUCUGGUUUGCUGUACGUCCAAUGUCACCUUCUUGCCCUUCAUGUUCCGCUACCCCCCUCAAUACAUCCGCACAUUCUUUGUUGGCCAGGGGCUCAGUGCCCUGUUCCCAUGUGUUGUGGCUUUGGGGCAGGGUGUGGGGAAAUUGGAGUGCAAAUUGGAGAAUGGCACGGUACGGGCAGACUAUCUGGAAGAGAACUUCCCUGCACAGGACUUCUUUUGGUUCCUGUUUGUAAUGCUGACAAUCUCAGCCCUCUGCUUCGUGGCUUUGACGUGUAGAGAAAUAACAGAGCCAGCAUCACCGGAGACCCCAGAYCCUGAGAUGGUGAUGACAAAGGACAACAGGGAGGAGACCCACCCGCUCCAGAAUGGAGGAACACUGUUGUCUGAGGACCAGGUGGAGUUGGAGAAAGCAUCCCCGGUCCAAACCUUCUGGACGCCACGCAACAUCUACCUGCUGGUGCUACUAGGUGUGUCCAACGCCCUGACCAAUGGAGUCCUUCCCUCUGUCCAGAGCUUCUCCUGUCUGCCCUACGGCACCAUGACCUAUCACCUCUCUGUGGUCCUUGGCAACAUUGCAAACCCACUGGCCUGCUUUGUGGCCAUGUUUGUCCUCUGCAGGUCAUCUGUGGGUCUUGGUUUCAUGUCUGUAGCAGGUGGGGUCUUUGCAGCCUACCUCAUGGCUCUUGCAGUGCUCAGCCCCUGCCCUCCUCUCUUGGGGAGCCCUGCUGGUGUAUCCUUGGUGGUGGUGUCCUGGAUCAUCUUCACUGGUCUGUUCUCUUACCUGAAGGUAGUUAUAGGGACGCUGCUCCACGAGGCUGGCCAUGCUGCUUUGCUGUGGUGCGGCGUCUUCAUCCAGGCUGGCUCACUGAUAGGAGCCCUCUCCAUGUUCCCCCUGGUCAGCAUUUACCACAUAUUUGCAAGGUCUCAGGACUGUGUGGACAACUGCAGUUAGUUAUGCACCAGGAACCACAGCUAGCUGGGUGAUCACAUCAGGGAUGGAAGAUGGAACACCCUUUCCAGGCCCAGAAGGGUUGAUGCCCCCCCAGAACCCCCCGUUCUGUAAGGGCUGAGGAAAGGCAUUCCAGGGGUAAUGGGAGCAUUGAGUUGCUGUGUCCUGGCUAAGGGUAUGUAAGUGCCUGUGAUGCAGUGCCGCAAGGGAUUUUUAAAAUUAUUGAUCUAGUUUCUUGGUUUGCUGAAGGAGCUGCUAUUACCGGUAUGUUUUCCCACUAAAUCAUGUGACAAGUCUUGUUUAAUCAGGGACUGAAUCAAUAUCACCCAUUCAUCCAGUUUGGCUGUCCCCAGGCCUUAGGAGUAAGAAACAAACGCAUUAAUGGCCAGAUUCAGAGAGACAGAAUAAGCCCAGUCCUCGACUAAAAAGCGUGCUCAAUGGAGAAUCUCCAGAGAAUGCAGAGAGUCCUGGACAGGGCUUAAUCUUUGACUUGGAAAGUGGCCCUAUGAAACUCAAAAACCACGUUUCCAUCCACAGCUUUCAUGUGAUUUAAAGUCAUAUCAUAUUUUUUUUUAAAUCACGACAGCUGUGAUGGAAACAGGACAGGUCGGUACAAUUUUAUAUAUGCUAACAGAUAAUUUCCUAGUUCGACAAGGUGGGAUCUUUGUGUCUAAAAUUAAUAACGCGAGAAAUGGCAAAUAUUGACAAACAUCAUAUCGAAGUUAACUUGUGAUGAUAUGGUGUGUGGUCCUCCCACUACGCCUUGGAGAAACCGUGCAGUUUAUUAGGCUACAGAUUGAAUAAAUG